AUUAAAAUAAACAGGAAGGUAAUAUUUUACAAUAUAAUAAAUUGUGAUUAAGUUUUACACAUCUACUCUUAUUCAUAAAUGACAAGACACGUAGUUGUAAAGCAACCGGAAUGUCUACAAAUAAAACCAUGUAACAAUGAGUAUAGAAAUUUGAAACAACAUGAUAGUCAAAUGGAUUUGGUACCAUGGAUUCAGUCAUCUAAUAACAAUGUGCAUAGUUAUGCCCAAAAAAGUGAUGUAGAUUAUAAUGAUGAUGAUGAUGAUGAUGACCAUGCAGAUAAUCGUAAUGACAUUCAUUCAGUUUCUUCAGUAUCUGAUUCCUAUAAUCUACGUUGUUGUCUAUUGUCAGCAUGUUGUGAAUCUUGUACAUGUUUUACAAUCCCAAGAAAGUAUGAUACUGCUUAUUAUGCACUACAAAAAUAUACAAAAUAUUGUCCUAGUGGUUGUCCUACUAUAGUUCCAAAACCGGAAGAAGAAGAAUGGAAUCUACCACCAGAGAAAAAUGCACGUAGUUUUGCAAUGUGUCAGUGUUGUUAUUCUCCAGGUGGUAUAAUAUGCAUGAAAUACUUGGACAUAUUAUGCUGUCCAUUAUGUCCAAUGUGGGAUAUAUGUAAAGGAUGUGAUUAUGGUUAUCGACGCUUUCGAAUACAAGUCAUAUUAGACCGUUAUAAAGAUUCACACAAACGGAGAUAUAUACCGUGUAUAUAAAAUAAAAAUGCUUGUCAUUUUCAGAACACUUAAAAAAUUACAAUGUAUU